CAACCAGGGAAAGUGCUCGGAGGGGGAGGGGUGUCCCGUCGGCAGGCGCAGACAGCAGGCAGCAGCUGCGGCAAGAAGACCCGGUACCGUUACACUGCAAUAUAUAUUAAAAAACAAAAAAAAAUACAUAAUCUCAUUCUGCUUCGAAAAACAUAGGAUAGAAACACACUAACGACAUCUAAAAAUGGUAGACCGUGAGCAACUGGUGCAGAAAGCCAGGCUGGCCGAGCAGGCGGAGAGAUAUGAUGAUAUGGCAGCUGCCAUGAAAUCGGUCACAGAGUUGAAUGAAGCACUAUCCAAUGAGGAGAGGAACCUGCUCUCCGUGGCCUACAAGAAUGUGGUGGGGGCUAGGCGUUCGUCUUGGCGUGUCAUCUCCAGCAUUGAGCAGAAAACGUCGGCCGACGGUAACGAGAAGAAGAUCGAGAUGGUGCGGGUCUACCGGGAAAAGAUCGAGAAAGAGCUGGAGGCGGUGUGCAAAGACGUGCUGGACCUCCUCGACAACUUCCUGAUCAAGAACUGCAGCGAGACGCAGCACGAGAGCAAGGUGUUCUACCUGAAGAUGAAGGGCGACUACUACCGUUACCUGGCUGAGGUGGCCACCGGUGAGAAGAGGGCCACGGUGGUGGAGUCCUCCGAGAAGUCGUACAGCGAGGCCCACGAUAUCAGCAAGGAGCACAUGCAGCCGACCCACCCCAUCCGCCUGGGCCUGGCUCUCAACUACUCUGUCUUCUACUACGAGAUCCAGAACGCCCCCGAGCAGGCGUGCCACCUGGCCAAGACCGCCUUCGACGACGCCAUCGCUGAGCUGGACACCCUCAACGAGGACUCCUACAAAGACUCCACUCUCAUCAUGCAGCUGCUACGAGACAACUUGACACUGUGGACGAGCGACCAGCAGGAUGACGAGGGAGGAGAGGGCAACAACUAAGAGUCCAAAACCUCAUUCUGCCAAAACAACACAACACGCGCGCUCACAAAUGACGACAACAACAACAAAAUAAUAAUAAUAGUAAAAAGAAAAAAAAAAAUUAAAAAAAAAAAUUCUUAGAAAUUUAAAAAGGGGGGCCGGUGGAACAUCGGCGGCCACUUUUUGCCGAUGGUACUAACACGGCUGCUGUUCUUUAUUUUUCCACAAAUUAAAAGUGAAAAAAUGAAAAAGGAGGAGGGCAGACAAUUUUAGUUUGAGAAGUUACUUAUGAUUAAAAAAAAAAAAAAAAAAAUGAAUGAAACCCCCUCCUCGAUAGCCUCUGCAACAUUUGCCAAAAUACCACUUAGAAGCAAGAGGUAUGUCAUUCAUCACAGUGUGGCUGUUGGGUAAAGAUACCUUCACACUGGCAGAGACUGUUCUUAUCGCGCAAAUGAAGCUGAGCUGUCUUAUUGUAUUUGGUGAGGGAGGAGCAUUCAAAAAUUGAGUUCAAUGCUUGAGCAACAAGAAAAUCAGAGUAACCUUGAAUGUCAUUGCCUUGUUUAAUGUGAGAGAGAGAGAGAAAGAGAGCGAGAGAGUGAGAGAGAGAGAGAGAGAGCAAACGGGUUAUAGGAAAAGAGACAGGAUUCGGAGGUGUUGAACUACAUCAAGUAACUUCGGAAGUACCAACAUGGAGUCUUUAGGUGCACCACACAAUGGUCGUUGAGUGAAAAAGCAGGUUGUCUCUGUUAUUGAACAUACAUAAAAAAAAAAUGUUUUGUUUGCUUUGUGUCAGGUAUGUGUCCAGCUCAGUCACACAGUCAUACUGUAACUAAAAUACAAAUUCAUGAAGUAAACUUAGUGCAGCUUGUCCCUCUCAUGUGCUGAUGUGCUUUAUUAAAUAAAUUAACUGUUUUUGGGAACCUAAUUCUUAUUGUCAGUAUUGUUGUUACUAUUACAAUUUCUAUUGGCACCUCAUGUUUGUAGAAACUGAUAUGAUUCGCACAAAUAUGGGAAAUUCAAAUGUCGAAAACAAAAUUAAUGCAAAAUCUAGGUUUAGAGAAAUUGAUAAGACAACAAACGCGUCAGCCCUUACUCUAUAAUUAUGCUACUCUCAUAACAAUCAGUAGGAUCCCUGAAAUGGCACACGGUCACCUGGAACUACAUACUUGAUUAGUGGACUAAGUAUAAUUUGUGGACAGAGCACAUGCAAUGUUAAGUGGAAGAUCUAAAAGCAGAUUUGAGGUUUGUGGAUUUUCUUUGUGUUAAGUUUCUUAUUGGUCAAGAAAUGCACUUGCCUAUUAUACUGUUUCUUCAGUGUAAGAUGAUAACUGCUCCAAUAUUCUCCAUAAUACAAUAUUGUGCAUGCUGGUGAUGUAUUUAUACAGUAGCUUGAAUUUAUUAACUUAUACUGUAGAUGUUAUGUAUUCAUAUGAACAUGGAAUUACUAGACUUUAAUCGGGUUAUUUUCUAUUUAUUUCUUUUUAUUGGAUUGUUAGCUAGACCUUCUUUUAAUCUGUGUUUUCUUUACUCCAUUUGCUGAAGUACGCUAUACCAAAACAGUGAUUGUUAACAAUAAAUUGAUCUGUUACAGACAU